CCUAAAUCCACAGGGAAAGAAUAUGAAGUUGUAACCUUUUAACACGAUAGGCAGCCUAAAAUUCCACAUUUUCUUUCACACAUUUCGUCGUACACUUUCCGGGCAUGGCAUCACCGAAGAAGCCACCAACAGAAUCCGACCGACCACCGACAGCCAUCAUGCACCAACCGGCUUCCCCUCGCUUCCCGCCGGGAACACCUACAUCCGGUGCUAAUCGGAAGAUCGCAAUCGCCGUCGAUCUCAGUGACGAAAGCGCUUACGCCGUGAAAUGGGCAGUAGAGAAUUACCUCCGUCCAGGUGACGCCGUCAUUCUCCUCCACGUACGCCCUACAUCCGUCCUCUACGGAGCUGAUUGGGGCGCUAUAGACGUCUCUAUUGACACAACGGAUGAGAAGUCGAAGCAGAAACUGGAAGAAGAUUUCGACAACUUUACAAGUACGAAAUCUAAUGACUUAGCGCAGCCGCUUGUUGAUGCCAACAUUCCGUUCAAGAUUCGUAUUGUGAAGGACCAUGAUAUGAAGGAGAGGCUAUGUUUGGAAAUUGAGAGGUUGGGGUUGAGUGCUGUGAUCAUGGGUAGUCGAGGGUUUGGGGCAUCGAGGCGAAGCACAGAAGGAAGGCUUGGGAGUGUCAGUGAUUAUUGUGUGCGUCAUUGUGUUUGCCCUGUUAUUGUGGUGAGAUAUCCUGAUGAUAAAGAUGGUGUUCCUGAUGAUGAUGAUAGUUUGGGUAAUGAUGGCUCAGCUAAAAAAGUAGCAAAGGCGAAUGAGGUGCUUCAUCCGGUGCCUGAGGAGGAUUCCCUUUAUCACGAUGCAUCGGAUAAAGCCACAGCAUACCACCAUGACUCUCAGCAUUUAUAUGGUAUGGCGUAUGUUGCAAAAGUGUAGCUUUUCAUUGGCGACUGAAACGGAGAAGGCUUCUUGAAUAAUGAAGACGGGUGUGCAUGUUUCAAUACUGACAAAAAAGGGCCUUCAAUGGUGUUGACCGCGCCAGUGAGAAAUGAAUUUGGUGGUUCUCUAUGCCUUCUUUCCGCUAAUUAUCCUCUUCUGUGCUUCAAGUUCGUGAAGUCUGGAACAAUUGAUAUUGUUCAUGAGCUACUCCUUUAUUCUCUCUUUCUUUUUCAUUUUCCUUUUCUCUUUUGGAGGCGCGGGGGCGUUGUUUUAGUUUUUUGAAUUGCCUGCCUGUUUUCUGGAGCUGUUAUAUAAGUUCACGGUUCUUGGUUGAUUGCAUUGAUAUGGAACAAUGCGUUUUGUCUUAA